GCAAUCAUUCAAGAUUAGUCUCAAUUUAGUCAACGACGACAACGACGACACGGUUGGAAACAUGAAUCUCAAAUAUCAUUUUCUAGUUAUUAUUGCUAUGCUCAAUAAUUUUUGUUGUGCAAGUGAAUUUAAUUUGGAAACCUGUACUGUCCACCAUUUACAUGAUAGAGAAUAUGGUUACAAGGAUUUCUUCGAAGUUAGUUCUUUGAAAAAAAAUUGGUUAAAAGCAAACGAAAGAUUACAUUUGCAAUUCUACGUAAUGACUACAAUGGAGGCUCACAUAUUGCUUUCAGAAGAUAAAAAUCCCAAAUGGGAAAAUGGAAGUUCUGCUCGUGGUUAUGAAAUCGUUCUUGGUGGUAUUCGCAAUUCACUUUCUUGGAUAAAUGUUGGUAACUCUACAAUACGUGUACCAGUCAAAGUUAAUUCUCCCAAGAUCUUAUCGGCUUUUGAACCAAUACCAGUUGAAAUAAUUCAAACCAAUGACGGUGAAAUAAUUGUUAAUAUAAUCGGCUAUGCAGAACCCCUUUUGAAAUAUUGGGAUGUGACUUCCACUCCUGUAAAUAUUAAAUUUUUUAGCUUUGGUACUUAUAAAAAAGAGUCAGCUAAAUGGUUCUACAAUUGUCUAUCCGAUGGACAUUCGAAUAUUGAAAGCCAAACAAAAUUAAUUGGAGAAAGAAACCAAGAAGAUUAUGCUAAUAGACAGACAAACUUAUCUGGAACUGGUCCCACUAACAGACAUGUAUCAUUUUUCCUUGGUUUGGUGCCAACACUGGACAAUUUUAAGGACGAUCAAGUUAUAGACUUUCAAAGCGAGGUUAUUGAGCUUGUAAAAAAAAUCAAGAAUCCUGCAAGAACAAAAACAACAACAACAACAACAACAACUGAAAAACCGAGGUAUAAGAUAGAUGUACGGAUGGGAUACACGGAGAAAAAAGGGUCACCUUAAAAUAAGAUGAUGCGGACAUUAAAUUUCACAACCUUAAAAUAAGGUGAUAU